AAGGGAACUCAUCAAACAGUCGUGCGUUCUGUUACAGUGCCACUGUCACUGUGACGUGCUCCCGCGGGGGACGAGAUGAAACGACCCGAACUCUGCAAGCCCACGUUCCAGCUUUCCCAGAGGGAAACGACAAGUCGGGCAACACGUCUGAAAGCAUUCCGCCAGCUUGUCGCGAAUGUCGUUCGCGAAGGAUUCCACGAGCGGGGGGGUCACAGUUCUCACACCUGGCCAGCACCCCCAUUGGCCAUUGGCCACUGAUUAUGACAACUCCUCCUCGAAUCUCUUGGCCAAUCUAAUCGCAGAACCUAGAGGGGCGUACGCUACGCAUGCGAAACGGUUUCCCCCUGCAGGUCACGUGACACGGCGGAGAGAAGAAACGGAAUCUGAUGUGAAUGCACCGACCAUCUGGAUGUCCACGAACGGGUACACGAAUGACGCGGCACCACGUGUGCAGAUCUACCCCCAGCACACUGACUGCGUCUCCGAUUUCUUGCGAGACAAGUACGAGCGCGAGGCGCGGCGUUACUGGGACCUCUUCUACAAGCGCAACGGCGAGCGGUUCUUCAAGGACCGUCACUACCUGCAGCAGGAGUGGGCGCACUUCCUCAGGGGGGAAGAUGGGGGCGCGGAGGCAGGGGCAGGGGGAGCGGAGGGGAGGGAAGAAGGUGUAGCGGUGGCCGCAGGCAGCGGCGGGGGGAGGUGCGCGUGUGGGCGGUGCGUUGCCAUCAGGCGCGUGGUGCUGGAGGUGGGGUGUGGCGCGGGCAACACGGUGUUCCCCCUGCUGGCGGACGACCCCUCUCUCUUCGCCCUCGCCUGCGACUUCUCCCCGCGCGCCGUCGCCCUCGUUGCCGGCAGCUCGCUGUACGACCCGCACAGGCUGAGGGCAUUCGUCGCUGACGUCACUGCUGACCACCUCCCCUCCGCCAUCGCUGCUGCCACGUCGCCUGCCGUCCCAACCGCCACCAGCGGCGACAGCAGCAGCAGCAGAAGCAGUGGUGGCGGCGGUGCAUGUGCGUGCUGCGUGGCCACAUGCCCAGCAGUGUGCCCUCCAUCUCACGUGGAUGUCGUCACCAUGGUGUUUGUGCUGUCGGCCAUGUCGCCGGACAAGAUGCCCCUCGCCAUCGCCAACGUCGCCACUCUGCUCAAGGCAUGCGGGCAUGUGUUGGUCCGAGACUAUGCUGCUGGCGACCUUGCCCAGAAGCGGCUGAGCCGCAAGGAGCAGCGCAUCGCCGACAACUUCUAUGUGCGCGGGGAUGGCACGCGCGCCUACUACUUCACCGAGCACGCGCUGAGAGAGCUGUUCACAGGGAGCGGCAUGGAGUGCGUGCAGAUGGGCGUGUGCGAGCGCACCGUCACCAACCGCGCCAGACAGAUCGAUAUGCACAGGCGGUGGAUCCAAGCAGUUGGCGAAGGGGUGGGCGAUAGCAGGGAUGAAGGCAGAAGAGGGAGCAGUGCGUCACGAGCAGAGGGCAGUAGGAGGGGGGCAGCAGGCAGCAGCAUGCAAGCGAGUGACGCUGCCAGCGCGAGUGACGCUGCCAGCGCGAGUGACGCUUCCAGCGCGAGUGACGUGGACUGCAGCGACCUCUUCCUCUCUGACCCACCCCUUGAGGAUCACGCCCUAUCUCUCGCCCACCUGCCGGUGCGUCUGUCGCUGCUGUCGCGCGAGCACCAGCACACACACGGCAGCACGGGCCGCCUGCUCUGGGACUCCUCACUCGUCCUCGCCGCGCUGCUGCUCGCCCACCCUGCCCUCACGCGCGGCGCCACUCUCCUGGAGCUGGGGUGCGGCGGGGCGGCGCUCUGCUCGCUCGCAGCCACUCACAGCGCACCACUUGUCAUUGUGGCAACAGAUGGGGAUGAGAGCGCACUCAGCUUGCUGCCGACGAAUCUGGAGCUGAAUUCGGGUAGCUUUGAGACGGGCAGAGUAAAGGUGUGUGAGCUGCGGUGGGGCAAUGAGGGGGAUGAAGCGAUGGUGCGGCUGCUGCUGGCAACCAACGUGGGUGGGGGGGGACAGGGGCAAGCGGAGGGGGGAGGGAGCAGCACAAGCCAUGCGGAAGGGGGCACCGCAGGUGAUCCGGGUGUUCAUGGGUGCAGUAUGGAGGGAGACAAUAGUGAAGGUGUUGAUACUGAACGCCAGCAGAGAGGGGGGUAUGACAUCAUCAUCGGGGCUGACGUGCUGUACGUCCGUGACGCCGUCCCGCUGCUCUUCCAGUCCGCCGCCCGCCUCUUGGUACGGCAUGGUGGGCGCGGGCCCGUGCCGGUGCUGCUGCUGUGCCACAUCACGCGCCACGUGUUGGAGCCUGACAUCCUGGCGGCAGCGGCAGCAGCGGGUCUAGAGGCGGCUGAAGGCGAGCUGGCAGAGCGCGUGGGGGGGAGUGUGGAGCGGGCAUUGCAGGCAGCGGUGGCCACGGCCUUCCCUGGUGAGGGCCGACAGCCCUCGCUGUUCCGCCUGCUGUGCUUCCGCGCCACGAGAUAGGUUGAUGCGCUCACAGAAGCCUUUUUCACAUCUUGCUCACAUGGUGGAACUUGUGAUGAGUGUUCUCCCAAUGUAAUUGCCCCGAU